AUGGGCCGACUUGAAGCAAUCGCACGUUCGAUCGUGCAGACGAUCCUCAACGGCGCCAAGAAGAGGUCUCGAUCGCCAAUCGCAUACGUCCUGACCCUCAUUUCCACCAUUUUCUCCUUGUACCAGCUGCCCCUCCACAAGCAUCGCCCCGAGGUCUUCACCAACCUGCGCCAGCAGCACUGGAAAGUGGAUGACGACGAAUAUUUGGGUUCCUUCCGUGUCGAAGAUGGUGGCAAACACGAAGAUGUGCUCCGCCCGAUGGCAGACAUGGGCUUCUCUGGUUCAUCCUUCUUCUCGACUGCCGACCAAAAAUACCUUGUCAAGUCCGUACCGCGCCGUCACGAACACACCUUCUUCCGCAAUGACCUGCUCGACAUCUACGCUUCGUACAUGGGAGCCCACCCCAAGACACUGAUUAUACGCAUAUGCGACUUCCUGGCCAGCUCUGGCCUUGCAAUCGGCCACCAAAUUGGCACGGCACCAAAUCAUCACAUCGUGAUGGAGAAUAUAAUGUAUGGGCAGGAAGAGGCAAAGCAGGCAGGCGCUCCGAAAUGGGAGAACUGGGACCUGAAGCCUACGAGCUACUUCUACCCAGAGCGAGAUAUUGCCGACGGCAGGCUCACGAGCGAGGCAACCAAGGACCAGCUCGCCGACGAGUUUAAUGACAAGAUCAUCCUCACUGCGGAGCAGGCGCAAGACCUCUGGCGCAACCUGGAGGAGGACACGCGUAUGCUCGCCCACUACAAUGCCGUCGACUACUCCCUCUUCCUCGUGCGAAUCAACGCAGAAGAAUCCAGCCAUGCCAUCAACAACGACCCAUCGUCGUCCAAUUCCGCGGCAGAAGACGUCGUGGACGCAUUACCACGCGACCCACCCGCCGUACCCCCCGAGCCGCCGUCGUGGAGGACCGGAGUCCCGAGCGCGGACGGCAAGUAUGUUUACCGCGCGGCCAUCCUUGAUUUCUUCUGGGCAAAGCACAAGACCCAGCCGAAGGUCAUGACCUUCCUGGUCAACACGUACAACAAGCUCAUUCAUCAUCACGGCCCGAUGAGCAUUACAACCACACCGGACGAGUACAGGGAGAGGUUCUUGAAGCUGUGCCACGACAUUGUGGAGGUCAGGGACUCCGCGUCAGAGUCGUGA